AUGACACGACCAGAGAUUAUUAACUCGGUUAAAUUAAUACUGCAAACAUAUUCAGAUGAUUUGGACUAUGAACUAGUAGAUGAGCUUAUACAAUUUCGAGAACUGAAUGAAAUAGUUUUUCCAGAAUCCAUAAGUAAAAUAGUAGACCCUCAAAGCCAAUUGAAAUAUUUACGUAACAUGGAUAUACAUCAAACAUUUCCUAAUAUUGAAAUAUUAUUGCAAAUAUACUUGACAAUGCCAUGCACUCAUUGUUCCAGUGAGAGAUCUUUUUCUACUUUAAAACGAAUUAAAACACGACUCAGAUCUUGUAUGACACAAGAACGUUUGGACGGUUUGUCUUUGUUAACUAUUGAAAGUGAUGUUACAUCAUCAUUAAAUUUUGAAUCAGUUAUCAAAACUUUUGCAGAGAAAAAAGCAAGAAAGAAAUCUUUUUAA